CCCAACUACCGCAUGGACUGCGCUGGGUUUCUAAGCUUCCUGAGGAAGAUGGGCAACGCCAGACGCUCUCAAGCCAUUCCUAGAUCGGGAAUGAGCCAAAUGUCACUGCCACCAAGUCAUUUGCCUCAGGCUUCCCACUUAGACCUUCCGAGUCUCACUGUCCCUUGCGCACUUCGUCCUUGGCUCAACUUCUCUGAGUGUCACCAUGAUGUCGCUGCUGCUUCUCUAGAGGGGUUUCUUUGCCCCGUUGCCUUGUGUCUGUCUCCAAAUCUCCUGUGAUCUGAUUUCUAACUCCUAUUCUGUGCCUGGUUUCCCCACAAAUCAGGAGACGGUGAGAUCCAAGGUCAGCUCCGAAGUGAGCGCAGCGGCCAGCUUCACGGAGCUUGGAGGAGUAGGCACUAGAGCGAGCGGCUUGGGCAGGCUGCACCAGGCUGCACCGGAUAGCCAAGUGCCAUGGCUGGAGUCUGCCUGCCAGUCUCUGCCCUCCUCCCUGCCCCAGCGCAGAACCGCGGGAGGGGGCACUCCCUGGCCCCAGUGGCUGCCCUGGGGACCCCAAGCUCCGCCCUGCUGCACUCCUAUUGGUUUGGGGCGCCCCCGCCCCUAGCCUCCCUUUCCAGCUCCCCGGGCUUUUAGGCUACCCUGGAUAAAUAGUCCAGGGCGCCUGGCGCGAAGCUAGGGGCGAGGAAGUCCCAAUACGAUCGCUUUCUUCGCCACAACUCCGACGGGACAGGACAAGGAGGGGAGGUAGAGGACAGUGGAUGUGCAUUCCAGCCCUCAGCACUUUGUCACUGUACUGUCGAGGUUCAGGAGUGGCAGAAAGUUAAGGUGACUCUUGCGACUUGGGUUGAGCAAGAGGCAGAAGCGAGAAGCCCAGGAGCUGGGAUAUGGAGCUACUGUCGCCGCCCCUCCGGGACGUAGACUUGACAGGCCCCGAUGGCUCUCUCUGCUCCUUUGCCACAGCCGACGACUUCUAUGAUGACCCGUGUUUCGACUCACCCGACCUGCGCUUUUUCGAGGACCUGGACCCGCGCCUGGUGCACGUGGGGACCCUCCUGAAACCGGAGGAGCACACACACUUCCCCACCGCGGUGCACCCAGGCCCAGGCGCUCGCGAGGAUGAGCAUGUGCGCGCGCCUAGCGGGCACCACCAGGCUGGUCGCUGCUUGCUGUGGGCCUGCAAGGCGUGCAAGCGCAAGACCACCAACGCUGAUCGCCGCAAGGCCGCCACCAUGCGCGAGCGGCGCCGCCUGAGCAAAGUCAACGAGGCCUUCGAGACGCUCAAGCGCUGCACGUCCAGCAACCCGAACCAGAGGCUGCCCAAGGUGGAGAUCCUGCGCAAUGCCAUCCGCUACAUUGAAGGUCUGCAGGCUUUGCUGCGCGACCAGGACGCAGCACCCCCUGGAGCCGCCUCCUUCUACUCGCCAGGCCCACUGCCCCCGGGCCGAGGCAGCGAGCACUACAGCGGCGACUCGGACGCUUCCAGCCCGCGCUCCAACUGCUCCGACGGCAUGAUGGAUUACAGCGGUCCCCUGAGCGGCCCCCGGCGUCAGAACGGCUACGACGCCGCCUACUACAGCGAGGCGCCCAGCGAAUCCAGGCCAGGGAAGAGUGCGGCGGUGUCGAGCCUCGACUGCCUAUCCAGCAUCGUGGAGCGCAUCUCCACAGACAGCCCCGCUGCGCCUGCGCUGCUGCUGGCAGACGCAGCACCAGAAUCUCCUCCAGAGGGGGCAUCCCCAAGCGACACAGAACAGGGGGCCCAGACCCCGUCCCCUGACGCCACCCCACAGUGCCCUGUAGGCGCGAACCCCAAUCCGAUCUACCAGGUGCUUUGAGAGGUAGGCUGGGCUGCGACCACCCGAGGGAGCGCACUGCCUACACUCCCGGGGUUAGUGCCCGAGGGUCCUUCACGCCCAAAAGAGGAAACUUAAAUGACACUCCUCCCAACUGUCCUUUCAAAGCCACACAUCCAGAAGCUGGAGAGGGGCGGAGCAGAAGUCUGUCCUCACAUCGGUCCCCAAGGAAAGGACGCAGUCCCUUUGAUGUUGUUGUUGAUUUUGUUUGUUUGUUUUGUUUUUCAUGCGACUCACAGAGACAGCCACUUGCUGUCCCUCAGUGGGCCAGAGCUGAUCCCUAAACAGCCAGGCCCUCUUCCUUUUCCUGACAGCUCCUCGCGCAGGGGUGAGCCUCACACACCUAAGCCCUGCCCUCCAAAUCCCG